UGUCAAAUAUAAUUUUUGACAACAAAAAAAGAUAUUUGGCUGGUCGAUUGUGAUAUCAUUUCUUAAACAAAGUAAAUUUCUGCACUAGUGCUGAAAAUGGCUAAUUUUAUGCAAGAAAGUGUUGUGAACUAUGUAUGUUCCUGUGGCAUUUUAAAUCCAAUUUAUAAAUUAUUCUUCUGUCGUCACUGUUUGAAGCUGAGGUGUGGUUUUUGUGUUUGCCACGAAGUAGAUUCUCAUUUCUGUUCUAAUUGUUUGGAAAAUAUACCUUCUUCGGAGGCUAGACACAAAAAAAAUUGCUGUACAAAUUGUUUUGAUUGUCCCAGCUGCCAGCAUACUUUGUCGGCACGCGCUACAACAGUAGUGAAAAAACUGGAUGAUGCCUCUAAAGAAGGAGAAAGUGACCCAACAAAAGUGGUUACUAAAAAAAUGUACUAUUUAUCUUGUUUAGCUUGUCGCUGGACAUCACGCGAUGCUGGUAUACCAGAUCAAUCAGUUGCAACUGGUGCUUGGCCUGAUAGUGAAUGUUCAUACAGAACCAGAUUUAAUUCUUUGUUAGAAUAUUAUCAAGCUGUUGUGUUACAAGACAAACAGGAGAAGCAAGAAUAUAUGCGUCGAAAAACACCAAAAGCGCAUAAGUUUCCAAGUUUGACGGAUCGUACAGGUUUAACUGUAUCAAUGAUACGCCGGCAAAUUGGUUGGUCUGACAAAACCACUCAGAAAGCAAAACCAGUUAAUAUUGCUCCAUCAGUCGCUUCAGAAGAUGUGGGAGAGUUGCCGGCCAGUAUUUUUACUCAAAAACUUAAUCUUAAAAAUAUUACCACAAUCGAACAACGGCACUUUCAACCAGCUGAUCAACCAAUUUCUGUUAAUAAGCUCUAUCCUCAACGACGUUGUCUUUGGAUUAAGCGCUCAUUGCGCUGUCGCCAAUGUGAGCAUAAUGUCAUUAAACCGGAAUAUCAUCCUACUUCCAUCAAAUAUCGUAUACAAUUAUUUGCUAAUUACCAUGUGCCUGAUGUGCUAUUAGUGCGUUGCGAACAGCCACUACUACAAGGCAAAUCAAAUUCUGUAAUACUUAAGUUAACAAAUCCAACUAUGCAUGAUAUGAAAAUAGCUAUAAUGGAUUUACCUACUGUAGAAGAAGAAAUGAAAUUAAUUGAAGCACUUAAAAAUGCUUGCAACGUUAAGGAUACUUCAUUGAUAAAUACAAGUGACCCCAAUAAAUCAAUAACCACAUUAUCUCGACAAACCUCUUUGAAUGAGGAACCUCGUAUGGUGCGAUUCCAGUCCAAUUCUAAAUUGGAAAUGUUGGAUUCUUCAUUUGUUAUAAACUUACGUGAUGAUUCAAAAGAAUUUGAUGAAGUCAUCCCAGGGCAAAAGGAAGAACCAAAAUUUAUUACUUGGCGCAAGGCAAACAAAGUAUCCAUACGCUUAAAUUUCACCCCUGAUGAAACACUUAAACAAGGCGAUGAUGUCAUCUUAGGUUUUAGUAUGGAAUACACUUAUGUCAACACUGUUACCAAUACUGCUGAGAAAAAAGAGCCAACUUCUCAUGCUCUUAACUCCAGAGUGUACAUAAAAGUUGGAGAAAUAGCAGCUCAGUAAUGAGUAACUAGUAAAGCAUAUUUGAUAUGAUCUUUUAAUGGAGUAAACAAAUGAAGAAGAUUAUGUUUAUUUUGCUCUAAAAGAAUUUGAAGUAUUAACAAAUUUAUUAAUUUUAAUAAUACAAAAUUAAAAUUGCUAUUUAAUAGUUUAAAUCAUAUACUCAUUAAUCUUUGAAUGAAGUGCUUAUACACAUGCUUGCAGUUUAUAUUAUUACAA